GAGUGCUUUCUGUUGUCUGUAGCAACCGCGCACCUAGCCUAUUCUGCAAAACCAUCUCGAGUUGGAGACGAGGCACAAAAAAUUAACCUUUGCCGUCGUACGCAGUGAAGGAACUUCAGCAUAGAGUAGAAUAAGCUAUCGAGGAAGAAUUAAUAACGAAUAUAGUUCAAUAGGACUAUUUUGUGCUAUCAUCACCAUGUGACGUUUGCGACCGUUUUUAUCCUGGAGUAUGACAGAUACAAUGUCUAGACUGUCCUCGGUUGCUUCUCUUCGACUACCAGCCAUUCAGCACCCGUUAUCAAGACUCAUAGACCCAGAAACCCUCUCUCUCAGAGGCUACUCCAGAGAUUACGCUGGGAGUGACGAAGUUGUACCACCGCUAUUGCGGGAUGGGGACCUCGACUUUGUUUUCCGAGGUCAAAACACAAGAAGGGCCACAGGUUAUCCUUAUGACAAGGCUCCGCCGAAGCAGAGCAGUUUCAGCCUGGUCUCGCAGCCAAUCCCCGAAGGAGUCGAAGUCUCAGUAGCCCUUGAUCCGGUUAAACCACGGCUGCCCAUCUUUGGUCAGCGGGUGGCACCAGAGAGCAGGGGGAGCCGAGUCACCAGCCAAACCAGUACCAUUAAAACCAGCAUCACCAGUCAAACCAGUACCAUCAGCCAAACCAAUAUCAGCAGAACCAGUAUCCUUACCAGAACUACUACCGCAGCCUCCUGCCCUGAGGCCCAGCUCAGGAUCCAAGUGGACCAGCUUGAGCACGAGCUAAGGCAGAACAUUCAGUUGUUAGGACACUUGAACCUUCAACGAAUGUUCAAGAACAACCAUCCGGAGGGAAAAGCACUGGCCAACAGAGAUGUGUUGCUGAUGAUCCUCACCAAGUUUCUGGGCCGAUUCAUCACACUGCAGCAGUACAGCCAGUUGCUGCUCCGACUGCAUUUGUCGAAGAAGGCAGCCAUUAGCUUUGAGGAGCUGUGGGAGGCCAUAAGAGAGUCUGGAGCAGGUGGACCAGCCACUUGGUUUAACCCCACCCAGGAACCCAGCACAGCCCCUCCCCUUUCUCCAGCUAAAGUCACAGCCUCCCAGACCCUAUCCCUAUUGCGGGGACAGGCCCAGAACAGGUUCCUGGAGGUCAUAGAGUCACGUCCCACUGAGCUCGGCCUACAGAGGAUCAGUUUGAUUGUAGCUCCAGAGCUGAAGAGAUGUCUUGCACAGUUGGGCCUCAACUUAGAGGACCGGGAGUUUGAGAAGCUUUGGAAGAAAUUUGACAGCAAAGGACUUGGAGCCGUGAACGUGGAAGGUUUGCUAAGGAAACUUGGACUGAGCCAGAGAAAGACCUCAGACACCAACGAUAAUAAUGAUCAAGUUUCAUCUUCUAUCAAUGGUGAAGACACCAAAGCCAGACCGAGGGUCCUGUCGAAGUCAGAGGAGGAGCGGGGGGUAUCCAUCGCCAUGGAGAAGUGGCUGAAGGACAAAUUUAGGGAGGGCGUCCAGAGAAUGAAAUCCCAGUUUGACCAACUGGAUCCAGACCAGACCUGCAAGGUGGGCCUGGAGGAGUUUCUGCAGGUGCUGAAGACCUUUGGCCUGAAUCUAAAGAGGGAGCAUGUGGGCUUGUUUUUGGCUCGCUGUGGCCUGGGCCUCAACAAGGCAGGUGUGAUCCAUUACCCAGAGUUCCUCCGCAUGUUUCAGGACCGCAGCGAGGAAGGGGUCACACAUAGGAUCCUAUCCAAUCCACAACACAGGUUUCACCAUAUCCAGGGGAGCAUCAGCCAUGCGUCCACAGUCACCAUGGUGGAGGCUAAACUUGCUCGACUCUUCCAGUCAGAGUACCUCGCUCUGUUAGAUAUGUUUCAGAGCAUUGAUAAAUGCCACAGGAGGGUGGUGAGCCAGGAGGAGUUUCGAGCAGCGAUUGAGAGCAGAUUUGGCCUGGAGGUCGCGGAACCUGAGUUUGACCAGCUGCUGGACAGGCUGCCCCUGGACAAGGACGGAAAUGUCCAGUACCCAGUCUUCAUGGCUGCUUUCGACACAAGGAGAGGAGUUCCCAGCCUUUUCGAGGCAAGUCCUGCGGGGAAUUUGGGGCGUACAAACGAAGAACAGGAGGGGCUAAACGUGCAACUUGAGAAUGAGGAGAGUGGGACUCUGGGACGGGGACGGAGUGUGGCACAGCUGUUCCAGAUCAUCAAGGCCCUGGUGAAGAACCACUACCAGGCAGCAGAGCGAGUCUUUGAGAAGCUGGAUGAGAAGAACACCAAACGUCUCAGUCAAGAGACCUUCUACCAGCUUCUAAAGAGAUUUGACAUCCACCCCGAAGUGAGCGGGGAGAUCCGACAUCUUUGGGUCACUUUGAUUACCAACCAGGACAGGACGCUGGAUUUCUUGCAGCUUGCGCGCCACUUUGGCUACUCUCCCAAGUCCUCGUGCUUUCCCAACGCCAAGCGCAGCCCCCCAAAGAAAGGGGAUGAGAAUCUCCGGCAGUGCUCCAGAAAGCUCCACUGUGUGUCUGACAUACUUGCAGAUGGAGUGCGUGCCAAGGUGGAGCUGUCAUUGGAUGAGUUGCGAGCGGAGUUCGAGGAGUUGGAUCCUUAUAGGACGGGGUUUGUGAGCCAGGAGGAGUUCCAGGAAGUGCUGAAAGGUCUGUGUGUGCACCUCGAUGGCUACGAGUGGGAGAUGCUGGCUCGAAAGUUUGACAUCAACAGGGAUGGAAGGGUUUCCUUCGUUGAGUUCCUGAGGCCCUUUGGGAGACGGAAACAGCCGUGGAGGCAUGGAUCCAACAUGGCCGGCAUACUGCAGUUCCAUAACGAAACAGAGGAUCUGUCUGCAGAGAAAGGCUCUUCCUUGUGUGACCAAGUACCACUGAGCUCAAGACUAAGGAAGAAGCUCCAGCGGCAGGGCAAGAUUCUGCGUCGGGCCUUCCACAGGCUGGACAGCUCCGACAGUGGCUACCUCUCCCCAGGCGAGUUCCGAGCGGUUCUGCGGCUGUGUGACGUACCCUUGAACCCGGAGGAGUACUACCAUGUCUUGGCCUGGCUGGACCGAGACCUGGCAGGCCGGGUGGCCUAUCGCCGGCUGAUCCAGGACAUACGCAAGAGAAGAACCUCUGGGACUAGAGUAAAGUAAAGAGUCAUCAUCAACCAUCAUAAUGACGUCAUUUCCGGGUUGAAAUAUUUUUUUCUGGUUGAUGUGACGUCAGAUUAUACAACAAAUUUAAGACGUAUUUUCCUGUUCACUAAAAAGAUGUCUAAAUAACGUCCUUUUACAAUCGCCUUACAACCUGACUGUGAUGUUACAAAAUAUGCCAGCUUGUCAUUGCAACCAGAUUUGCCUGCUGGGCAAAUUAGCAGGGGCAAUUUGCUUUGCAUUAGGUUGUCAAAAUGACAUACAAACAACAUUUAGACAUCAAAUCAAAUGUAUUGGUCACAUACACAUGUUUAGCAGAUGUUAUUGCGGGUGUGGCGAAAUUCUGUACAUGACUGUAUUUAUUUAGUGUCACUCCACAAUAAUACAACCCAGCUAUCACAUAAUGUUUUGAGAAACACGUUUCUUAGAGCUUGGUGAAAGUGUGGUUGUCCUCUGGUUGUUUUGCAUUUCCAUUCUGGGAAUGUUGCAGGAUACCCAGCUAGCACAUAACAUUCUGAGAAUUAUGUUAUAAAUUAAGAAACAAUGUUCUUCUGUGAGAGUGCCAGUACUUCAGCGUAACGUUUUCUAUAGGUUUCCUCAUUGUUCAAUUAAAAAUAAUAUUCUCAGGAUGUUCAGAGAACUUCAAAAAACAAUGUUCUUCUGUGGAAAUUUCAGUACUUCAGCGUAACAUUUUCCGCAAGUUUCUUCAUGGUUCUAUUUAAUGUCAUGUUCUCAGAACAUUCAGAGAAUGUUAAGAAACAAUGUAGUUGCUAGGACUUUCUGGCAGUGGUCUGAGAGGAAGGGGGAAACUGAAAACUAGCUGUUAUUGACAGAGAGGUUUGGAACUCUCGCUCUUAGUAGUCAAUUAACUAAUUUACCAAUCUUUUCAAACACGUCUCACACUGAAAGGGCAUUGUCAUAAUUUUCAUGAUUUCCCAAUAUUAUUCCAACAUCAUAGUGUGAAAAUAUAUACAGUGCCUUCUGAUAGUAUUCACACCCCUUGACUUUUUCCACAUUUUGUUGUGUUACAGUCUGAAUUAAAAAUGAUUUAAAUUGAGAUUUUGUUUCACUAGUCUACACACAAUACCCCAUAAUGUCAAAGUGGGAUUUUGUUUGUAGAUUAUUCUUUUUUUAUAUAAAUCUGUAAUGUCAUGAGGCAAUCAAUCAAUCAAGUAUUCAACCCCUUUGUUAUGGCAAGCUUAAAUAAGUUUAGGAGUAAAAAUGUGCUUAACAAAUGGCAAAAUAAAUUGCAUGGACUCAUUCUGUGUUCAAUAAUAGUGGUUAACAUUAUUUAUAACUACCCCAUCGUUGUACCCCACACAUACAAUUAUCUGUAAAUGUCCCUCAAUCGAGUAGUACAUUUCAAGCACAAAUUCAACCACAAAGACCAGGGAGAUUUUUCAACACCUCGUAAAGGGCACCGAUUGGUAGUGUAAAAAUAAAAAAGCAGACGCUAAAUAUCCCUAUGAGCAUGGUGAAGUUAUGAAUUAGGAUUUGGAUAGUGUAUCAACAGGCAUCCUUCCUAACUCAGUUUACAGAGAAGAAGGAAACUGCUCAGGGAUUUCACCAUGAGGCCAAUAGUCACUUUAAAACAGUUACAGAGUUAAAAGGCUCUGAUAGGAGAAAAUUGAGGAUGGAUCAACAACAUUGUAGUUACUCCAAAAUGCUAACCUAAAUGACAGUGUGAAAAGAAGGAAGCCUGUGCAGAAUUUUUUUUUUUUACAAAACAUGCAUCCUGUUUGCAAUAAGGCACUAAAGUAAAACUGCAAAACUUGGCAAAGAGAUACAUUUUUCGUCCUGAAUAGAAAGCGUUGUUUGGUGCAAAUCCAACACAACACAUCACUAAGUACCACUCUUCAUAUUUUCAAGCAUAGUGAUGGCUGCAUCAUGUUAUGGGUAUGCUUGUCAUCGGUAUGCUUGUCAUCAAGUAAUAGGACUUUUUGGGGGGGAUAAAAAUAAAUGGAAUAAAACUAAGCACAUUUGGUCCCAUAUUCAUAAUUUGUUCAUGAUUAUCCAUACGUGUUCAGAAACAUCUUCUAUUCUUAUUUACAAUAAAAGUGACGCCAAAAUGACACAAUACAUUAUUCACCAUUCAGUUCCUAUUGGGAAAAACAUUAUCCAAAACACAAUUAAAACAAACUUCAAAUGGAUCCAACAAGUUUGUAGAGUCAAUUGUUUGAUGUCGUCAUUACGUGCUAGGAAUAUGGGACCAAAUACUUAACUUUUGACUGCUUUAAUACACUAUUAGUGAAUUUUUCCAAAUACAAAUAAUUCUUCAAAUGAGGGCACUAGAUACAUAGUGUUUUCAUUUUCAGCGGUUAAACAGAUAUGUAUGAAAAUGUAUGAAAGUACCCUCAUAUGAAACAUUUGAUCUCAAAUUCAAAAUGCUUGAGGAAAGAGCCAAAUGUAAAAAAAAAAAAAAAAAAAACUGUUCAAAUAAAUGAGGAGGGGAGUGUAUAUAUUUCAGCCGGAUCACCCGUGAUACAAGUCAGUAUUUGACAUCCAUCCAUGUCUGAGGACAAUUGGGAGAUGACGUGGAAACUGGCCACAAGGGGCAACAGUGUUUUCUUCAAGUAGGUUUCGAUUUAGUUUUGGCGUUGUAUCUGCCUCUGAUUCCAAAGAUUGCAAGUUUGAAUCCAGUAAUAGAAAGUUGUUUUUCAUAUUUUUUGUUUUAAGACUAUCGCAAACCUUAACUCUUACCUUAAACAUUCAGAGUUAAUGCCUGAACUUAACACUAACCUUAACAUUUUAGAGUUAAUGCCUUAACUUAUUCUUAUACACUUUGAAAUUUGACGUUUGGAACAACUUUGAAAUUUGACGUUUGAGAAACAUGAAUGAACUUCUAAUUCUGAUGUGAGACUGUGAGAGCUAGAAGCUACAUAUAUGAGUGAGAAAGUUAGACCAAAAAAUUCCAACCUCCCAUGCAAGAAUCUGCCUCUGAUUCCGAAGGUUGCAAGUUUGAAUCCAGCGAUAGAAAGUCGUUUUUUAUAUUUUUGUUUUAAGCCUAUCCCAAACCUAAACUCUUACUUGUCUCCCGAGUGGUGCAGCAGUCUAAGGAGCUGUCUCAGUGCUAGAGGCAUCACUACAGAUCACAACCAGCCAUGACCGGGAGUCCCAUAGGGUGACGCACAAUUGGCCCAGCGCUGUCCGGGUUAGGGGAGGGUUUGGCCGGGGUAGACCGUCAUUGUAAAUAAGAAUUUGUUCCUAACUGACUUGCCUAGUGAAAUAAAGGUUAAAUAAAAAUAAUUUUAACGAUUGAGACUGUGAGAUCUGGUAGAUAUACAGUACCAGUCAAAAGUUUGUACACACCUACUCAUUCAAGGGUUUUUCUUUAUUUUUACUAUUUUCUAUAUUGUGGAAUAAUAGUGAAGACAUCAACACUUGUUGAGAGAAUGCCAAGAGUGUGCAAAGCUGUCAUCAAGGCAAAGAGUGGCUAAUUUGAAGAAUCUAAAAUCUAAAAUAUAUAUGGAUUUGUUUAACACUUUUUUGGUUAUUAUAUAAUUCCGUAUCUGUUAUUUCAUAGUUUUGAUGUCUUUACUA